CUUUCACCUUUUUCAUUUACACACAACCCUUCAGCCGAAUUCCCCUAACCCUUCUUUUCCUUCCCCUUUGAGAGCCAAAAAAAAAAUUUUUGCAAAUUUGCUUUUAAACGGUUUUGAUACCAGAAACCAUGGUGGCAGAUAAGGCCAAAAAACCCAAAGUGGGUCAAGGGGAUGAUUCUUCUGAACACAUUGAUGGAGAGCUUGUUCUUAACAUUGAGAAAUUGCAGGAAUUGCAGGAUGAGCUGGAAAAGGUUAAUGAGGAGGCGAGUGAUAAAGUUUUGGAAGUUGAACAGAAAUAUAAUGAAAUACGCAAGCCUGUUUAUGAUAAGAGGAAUGAAAUCAUCAAAUCCAUUCCUGACUUCUGGUUAACUGCGUUCUUGAGUCAUCCUGCACUCUGUGAUCUUCUGACCGAGGAAGACCAGAAGAUCUUCAAGUAUUUACAUUCACUUGAUGUUGAAGAUUUCAAAGAUAUGAAGUUGGGCUACUCGAUCACCUUUAAUUUUAAAGAUAAUCCUUAUUUCGAAGAUACAAAGUUGACUAAAACCUUCACAUUCUUUGAGGAGGAGGGAACCACAAAGAUUACUGGAACUGCCAUCAAGUGGAAGGAGGGCAUGGGUGCUGCUAAUGGAGUUAAUCACGAGACAAAAGGAAACAAGCGCACACUUGCUGAGGAGAGCUUUUUCAGUUGGUUCGGCGAAACUGAGCAGAAGGACCUAGCUGAGUUUACCGAUGAGGUUGCUGAAAUAAUUAAAGAAGACUUAUGGCCUAACCCUCUAAAGUACUUCAAUAAUGAUGCUGACGAAGAGGAUUCAGAUGGUGAAGAAGACGCUGAUGAGGAAAAUGGAGAUGACGAUGACGGCGAUGAUGAAGAAGAUGAUAACAAGGAAGAUAGCUAAGCCUUUUCUCGGUCGGCAGAAAACAAAACGGUUCCGUGUUCUCCGGUUAGUAUCGAUGAGCCUGGUUGGUUGGAAAGAGUUAUAUUUGUAGAAGGGUAGCUACUUUGUAGCUUGACACUGAUAGAGGUUUUAGUUUUAGGUUUUUUCCUUUGGGGUGUUGAAUCCUUAGGUUUGUUACUUAGCUUUUUGGACAUUUCCAUGCUUCUAUUGUAGGUUCUCAAUCUUAUCCUUACCAUAUGAUUAUAACCUAUGAAACUCUUAUUAGAUGACUUUGUUCUUUAUAAAAUGUGAUUAUACCUUAAUUUCAUUU